CGCCAAGGGAAGGCGCGAAGGCUCGAAUUCGGGCUCAGAGAGGUCCCUUCGUCGGACGGGAGCGAAGCGGUGCUAUGGAGGAGGUUGGCUCAGACGUCCAGGACGCGAAAUCGCAAGAGGCCUUCGACAGCGAUUCGGACAGCGGCCAAGGCAGCUGCGAAAUGGACUCCCCGGCAAAGAUCAACGAGGGGAAAGCGUCUGCCGAUGAUGGAGAUUCAGAUGAAGAGAUUUAUGUGAAGAAGAGAACAAAGUCUAAGAAGGUGCUCCAAGACAGCGAUAGCGAAAAAGAAGACCUCGUUCCUGAGAAAUCAGAGGCUUCGGAGGCGGAAGGUGUGAAGGAAUAUGAGGAUACGCUUCUUGCUAAGGAGAAGAGAUCCAGCCCAGCUCUGCUUGACAGCAAUGGCAGUGAUGCUGAGGACCUAUUGCCUAGGCUUCCAUGGGAAAGCCCCAAGAAACAUGGGAAGAAACACAAAACGUAUGGCGUGAAACAAAGCGAAGGAAAAGAAAAAGGUAGUCCAAGGAGAAGGAGGACGAAGAAAGAAAAGAGCACGAAGGCCAUUAGACAGGCGUCAAAGAAGGAAAAAACGCAAGAACGAAAGGAGGACGGCGAGGAGUUUACUUUUAAUGACAGCGGGUGCCUGUUGGCUGAUAAAGACCUCUUUGAGAACGGCUUGGAGGAAGAGGAACAAGACGGGGAUUCCCUUUUCCAAGAUGGAGAAUCGCUGGAAUCAAUAAAAGCUGCGGCGAAGGAGGAAAUGAGAAAAAAGUCCAAACUGCUGUUUACUGAUGCUGAAGAUUAUGAACGUGUGAUGGAUGAAAAUGUGGAACCACUGUUAAAAGAGCCUAGAAAGGAGCGGAAGGCAGCCAAGUUAAGUAAAGAAGCCAUGAAGAAGCUGCACAGUGAGACCCAGCGGCUUCUUAGAGAAGCCACUGUGCCACUCCCAUAUCACCUACCGGAGGCCAAAAGCGUCCAUGAAUUCUUCAAACGUAAACCUCGCCCUGUCUUCCAGGGCAGUGCAAUGACUUUGCUAAAGUCGACUAAAUAUCAACCGAAUCUUGAUGAAGAAAGUGCUGUUCCAAAGAAAUCUGGCGCCAGUGGCAAUGAGACUGGGAAAGAGCAACCUGACCAGUCGCCAAUGAGAGAACUGGGAGAGAGGGUUAAUCCAGAGGAUUCGGCUUUCCUGGACCCUAUAUUGGUAAACACAAGUGGCUCUUCUACUGAGAAAGUGGAAAAAACAACAGGAGAUUGCCUUGAGCAAAAUGAACAGAACAGUGAUUCCAAACCUGAGUGCCUUAGAGAGGAGUGGACUUCUGACAAUCAAGAAAAGCAUAGCCAAAUCACCACUGAAUGCCUCAAAUCACUGGAGAAUGAAGUGGAAGAAAGUGCCCUUCAGCAAAGGGAGGAGUUGCCACCAGGACUUUGCACAGGGCCCAAAGAAACUGUCCAGCCACCAGAAGCUGCAUUGGUACCUACUGGUGAAAAGACAAAGAAGUCCAAACUGGAUCGGCUUCGGGAGCUGGGUGUGGACCUGACAGUCAAGCCUAGACUUUGUUCUGAGGAUGAUUCGUUUAUUGAUCUUGACGAACCUAAGCCUAACAAAGGUGUCAAACCAGAACUUGAAGCACUGAAAGAACGUUUUGCGAAGCACGCCCUUCAUGCUGCCAAACCAAAGACGGAGCGAACGGUCAGCUUGAAUAUUAUUCGUAAAGAGACGACUAAUGAAGGCAAGGAGGAGCUGAAAGCAGAUGUGGUGCCGGUGAUACUGGCCGCAGAGACUGUAGAAGAUGCCAUCCCCACAAAGCCAGGUGAAAAGUUAUGUAUGCUGAAGGCUAAGCUGCAGGAGGCCAUGAAGCUCCGCAGGAUAGAAGAACGCCAGAAGCGACAAGCAUUGUUUAAACUGGAUAAUGAGGAGAUGAUGGAGGAGGAAGAAGAAGAAGAGGAGGAAGAAAUGACAGAUGAAUCUGAUGAUGAUGAGGAGGAGGAGGAAGGCAAUAAAGAGAGUAUAGAGUAUCUUCUUGAUGAGGCAGAAGAGGACAAUGAGGAGCUAGAAGAGCAGGCGGUUGAAGAUGGUGACAAAGAAACAGACAAGGAAUCCAUUGAUGAGGAACCAGUGGCCAAGCCUGUGCACUUCAGGGCUGUUCCAAAGCUGCCUUCCACAGAGUCGACAUUGUUGCUGUUCAAGGAUAAUUCUUCAAAAACAGGAUGUUCUCUUCCCUGUGAAAAGGCUGAGAUGGAAGAAGUCAUGGACAAACGACCGGAGAAGCUGGAAGAUGAAGAUUCCUUUUUGCUGCCAAAUUUGGCCAAGGAGAACAGCCACAACAGCAGCUUUGAGCUCAUUGGUUCCAUGAUUCCCUCCUAUCAACCUUGUAAUAAGCAACUCACACGUGGGGGCAACUUCUUGUCUGCCGUUGGCGCGGUGCGCUCUCCUUCACCUGGCUUUUUCAAAACAAGCUUUGUCAGUACUGCGUCCAAGAGCUCAGGAAAGGCAUCUGAGCCAUCCCUCCCCAUUGAAGAUUCACAAGAUCUCUACAAUGCUACAUCUGAAGAGAAAAGUCCAGUUCGAGCAGCUGGGAGGUUCCAGUUCCAGUUUUCCUUAGAAGAUGAUACUCAGAGUCAGUUGCUUGAUGCAGAUGGGUUUUUGAACGUUGGUCAUCAGCAGAACAAAUACCAGUCGUCCAAGAGCCGCCUGCCUUUGGCUAGCAUGGAUGAGAAUGCAAUGGAUGCCAAUAUGGAUGAACUGUUGGAUCUCUGUUCUGGACAAUUCGGGUCUCAGGACAAACUGCCUAGCACUUACGGCAGCAAGAAGCCAAACAUGGAAGAACUGCUUAACCUUUGCUCUGGAAAGUUUGCAUCUCAAGAUUCUCCCAUUCGAGCCUCUUCAGAACCCUCUAAGCUGGAAAAAGAGGACAGCACUGAUGACGCCAUGGCAGAGGCAGUAGCUCUUUGUUCUGGCUCUUUCCCAAAGGACAGGGAAGAUGAAGAAGAAGAAGAGUUUGGCGAUUUCCAGUUGGUAACUGAUGACCAUCCCUUUGAUAGUGAAGAAGACGAGAAGAGCAAAGGGGAGGAGGAGGAGGAAGAAGAAGAAGAGGAAGGGAGCGAGGAGGAAGAAGAGGGUGAAGCUGAAUCGGAAAUUGAUGAUGAAGAGGAAGUGUUGAGACGAAGAGAAGGGUUGAAGAAGAAAUUUAUAUUACAGGACUUCAUGGAAGAUGAGGCUGAGCUUUCGGGGAGCGAAGUGGGAAGCGAAGAUGAAUACGAUGGCGAGGAACUUGAUGAAUAUGAAGAAGAAGUCCUUGAUGAGAAUCUCCCUACUGAUGUGGAGCUGCAGGAUCAAGUUAACAAGAUACACAUGAAGGUGAUGCUGGACGAUGACAAACGGCAGCUGCGCUUCUAUCAGGAGAGAUACCUUGCUGAUGGAGACCUGCACAAUGACGGCCCUGGGAGGAUGAGAAAGUUCAGGUGGAAGAACAUAGAUGACUCCUCUCAGAUGGAUAUGUUUCACAAAGAUGGUGAGGACGAAGAUGAGAAUGAGGAGCAUCUACAGGAGACAGAGGCCAAGUGGAGGAAGGAGCGAUUUGAGCGGGAGCAGUGGCUUCGGGAGCAGUCAGAGAAAGGGGAAGAGGAAGAUAUCGAUGAGAACAGCCAGUUCAUGAAACUUGCAAAGAAAGUCACUGCUAAGUCCCUACAAAAUAAAGCAACCACCCCAGCAGCAAUUCAGGAAUCAAAGUCGCUACCAAGAAAUCCAUUUGAAACAUUUCAUCCUGCCAGCCAUCCCCAGAUGAAGAAUGGAUCCCUGCUGAACCGGCCCAAGGAAGUCUUGCAGAAACUGGCAGCCAUGUCGGACCUCAACCCAAACGCCCCGAGGAACUCACGAAACUUUGUCUUCCAGACGCUCUCCCCAGUUAAAAGCAAAGAGCCCACAGAGCAGUCCAAGCCUAAGGUCAAGAAAAGAGUUCCCGUUCCUAUUGCAACGCCUUCUCCCAAACGGCCCCGUCUUGAUGGCACUUCAGCACAACAAAUCCGGAGCAUAUUCCAGUAUCUGGAGAGAUAAAAGAGACAGAUGGGUUACAUGGGUUGCUGCCACAUCCGAUCCAGUUCCGUCUUCUUUCCAUACUGCUCAGGUGUCCAAAAGUGAGUCAUUCCAGCAUGGAUCUCCCUAAUCUGAGAAACCCAGGGCUGUAUGGGUAAUAGCCACUUGAAUGAGCCAGAGCUCAGGGUACUACCUGAGAUUCUCAGGUACAAAGGGGACAGCAGGGAAGAAGAAGGUAUGAUUUACCUAAAUGGAUGCAGCAUCAAAUCCAGCAUUAACUGUGAACUUGCAUUCCUCCACAUUGGUUUCUCAUGGACUCAGUGUACAUUGGACUCACAAGAAGUGCUCUGUAUUGAGGGACCCUGCAUUAAAUGCUUGUGUUUCCAUGCCUUUUGCCACUUACAAAGGCUGGAUAUAUUUUUCUCCUCCGUUUCCUCACUGUUGUUGAAAGUAUCUUGUAAAGUUCCUUCUUUCUCUCUCCACCAAAUCAAGGCUUGCUGUUAACUUCUCUAAGAGACCAUUUUGUACUGUAGGCCAAGAUAUAGAAAUCCAUUUCCUCCUGUGCCCCACGCCUCAUUCUUAAUGCUCUUUUUUUCUCAACAAAACCUUGAAUUUGUAUCAAGGAAGAAGAUGGAAGAAGGGCAAAGUCUUGUUCUGCCAGUUGUGUCUCUCUUCCAGUUGUCCGUAAGUUUAUAUUUACAAGUUAAAGCUUUUAAAAUGAAAAGUAGAGACCUAGAGAAAAAGGGUCUUGUUUUACAGUCCCAGUCAGUUUUGAAGCAGGAUUUGAAAUCUGGAAGGUGAAUGAAAUAAUGCAGUAUGCUUCUGGACUACAUUUUGAAUGUUUGCACUGAAAACUUUAUAGAGCAAUAACCUGCCUGUUGCUUCACAUCCGUUCACUUCAUUCCUCCAGUGAAUUUCGGCCUUGGAGGAAUGUAUUUUCAUGCUUUUUAUUCCUGCUAGAUUGUAAAUUUAUUUUGUCGGUAUGUUUGUCUGAGUGCAUAUUGUAUGUGGGUGCGUGUUGUGUAUUAAAAAAAUUAAAUUGGUCAUGCGUGUUAUCUAUAAAGGCUUGUGGUACUCCGCAAAUAUGCGUUCUUAAUAAAG